AGGAUGGAUAAUUUUAUUCGCGUAUAUAGAGAGUCAUAAUGAUUCCAUGAAAUGGCAAGAAAUAGCGGUAUUGAUAUUAAAAGUGUCUUUGACGAAUACCUGCAAAAAGAACAACAAUUUGAACAAGAAAUAGAAGAACGUAAUAAAUUGCGUCGCGAGAUUCAUAAUAAGGAUGUCUCCAGAAUUUCUAACUCGUCGUCGACAAAUCUUAUAAAUUUGGAAAAAUCUCGUAUUCGUAAUCAGACUCUUCUAAAGGAUUUGGAGAUGUCUAGAGCACGUCUGAGAACUUACGCGUCUUACACACCUACCGAUGCGGAACUACAACAGAUUUCAUCGAUUUAUCGGAAUCAUCUUCGUAGAAAUACGGAAUCUUGAUGAGCUCAUUAUUUUCAUAUAGUCGAUGCCCGGUGAUCUAUGAUUCAAUCUGAUAACUCGAGCCGAACGAACAAACUUGCAAAUUAAAAGUUUGUUGAUCGUUGGGAUCGAUGAAUCAGAUUGAUCAUUAAGUAUUUAUCCAUUUGUAGCGACUGCGAACAUGUGCUUCAAACAGAACAAGAGAAUUGAUGCGUGAGCAUAAUUAUUAAUGUCGCAAAUUCAAAUCUUCAGUCUAUACUUUUGCACUUCUUUCGAUUCGAGUUACCGCAAACAGCUACUACUUUUACGUAAAAAUGCGACAAAUAAAAUAAACAUAUAUUGUAACAAUUUGUCUGCAUUUACGCAAAUCGAUAAUAUUAUCAUUAUUCGCGAAUAAUUAUUAUAUCACAUGCGAUACAAACUACAUCCCUAAUAUUGUAAUAAUGUCGACAAUGUAUUCGAUUUUACACGAACGUGAUCGUGAACAGUUGAUUUUUUGCUUUCCAACAAAAUACGAACUGCAAACUGAACGAAUCUAAUUUGCACUAUAAUCUAUUCGUUCAAAGGUCUCACAAGAGACCCAUUUACAUAGGCAAUGCGUUACUUUUUAAAAGAUUGCGUGAUGAUUAUCCGAAAGCUUACCAUAUGAUAUCUUGAUAGGUCUUUUCAUUUGGCACCGCGCGAGAGAGCUUCUCGAGGAAUUAUGCGUAAGGGAAAUGCGUAGACAAGUGGCGAACGGUUUCCACCUGUCUUUAUGCAUACUAUAUUCAUAUUUAUUUUCUAUGUGUGACCGCGCGCUAUCAUUGCAGAUAAUUACCGGCGCACACAACGUGCACACACACGAUAGGACGACCAUGUAUUCAAUAGCUGCCCGAUAAGAAGCUGCUCAGGCCAAUAAUUUGUCGGGAAGUUGUAUAUAUUUUACAACAUCUUUUUGUCUUUUAUAUACGACGCGAAUCUAGUCUUGACCUUCAUAGACUAUUUAUUUUACCAGCGUGACUUUUUGACCGUUAAAUUUGUUGGUAGAUUUUACGAUUUUAGAUUCGGAACAGAGUUUGCUACUACGUGCUUUAUUGUUGACCUCGUAUUCGUACAAAACUUUUCGAACUAAAAAAAGUGCGCAAUUUAUGCAAAUUAGCUGCAUGUGCUUUACUUACCUUAUUCUUACGCAAAAUAUAUUAGAAAGGAAUAUUAAAAAUUUGUGCGAACGACAUGUAUAUGAAUGUUCUAUGCACAGCAGAAAAUUUAGAAGGACUGAGAGCCACACGUGAAAUGAGACAAGGUAUAAUUUUGUAUUUCUACGUGGCAUAGCAGCUGAAUAAACGAAAUAACGUUCUGACUUUUUACUUUGACCAUCCGCUUGCAAACAUCUGUAUCAACAGCCUCAUUAUCUUGAGGGAUACUAUCUCUUUUAUAUAAUUUGGUCAGGACCCCGCUCAACAUUCUCUGCGAAUGUAUCCAUAAAUUGAAAUCGAAAUUUUCGUAUAAAUUUGUGAUUUUGCAUAUGAUGUAUCGCAAAAAUAUAUUUCGCAGCUCUCAUAUUUUAUGACACAUUAAAUUUAUCUAUCUAGAACAUUGUAGAUCACGCCUUUAAACUAUUGAAGAAGUUUGUUUUAUGGGAUUGAUAGAGAAUAUCGCGUUUCACUACAUUUAUUAUUUAUCCAGUUGCAUAAGCUUAGUAUAGCAUACAAGUUUGUUGCAUUUGUCUACUUAACUAUUGGGCAUUGAUGCGUUAUCGCUAUCGCUGUCGUUCACUGAAUAAUAAAUGCGUGUAUCAUUGAAAUGUUUCUUGCAUGCCCUUAUAUGUAGACUAAAUGAGAUACUUAUUCAUAUUAAUUUUUUAAUUUUUAUUGAUAGGAAAAACUUACAUUAAUAAUACAGAUUUCCUAUUACAUACGGAAAAAGAACAAAAAGGAAAAAAAAAACAUAAAUAAAAGGAAUAUCACGAAUGUGCUUUCUUAAUUGAUUAUAAAAAUGAUUUAACAGCUAUAGUUUAUCAUAUUUCGUUUUCAAAUAAUUAAAUUUUUACUCAACACUU